ACCCGAACUGAACCCUCCUGAGGGAGAGAAUAUGAGCGACGGUCUCUAAAUGAGAAAAGACUCAUUCGCGGAUGAGACAGAGGACGGCAGCAGUGCUUUUAUUUAAUGCAAUGAUCAUUUAUAUAACCUAUCGCUAGAUUUUCAUCUGACCUGCAACAGUUGCCGGGGUGAUUUUAAAGUGAGCCAUUAAGCGUUUUACUGGAGGGAGGGGAAGCUAAAGUUCUUCAGGACGGCACAGAGAUUUUUUGAGCGGCAAAAUUUACAAGCAAAGAGCACCUUGAGUGUGUUAUCAUUCAUUAAGCUCCACACUCUCAGUAAAUCACCACGGCAUGAGGGACCAAAGCAUCAUGCUGGCAGAACACAGUGUAAAGUACCCUGAAAAAAUACCUGAUCCAGUCAGUCAGGAUGGAGCUACAUCCUUCACAGAAGAAGCAGUGUCCAUUUUGACAUCCAGCAGCAAGCUAGCCCGCUCUUUUCUCAUCCAUCCCAGAGGUUUGAGACUCAGAGAAUGUCCUGAGGCUGAUGUCAGUAACACACUGCAUCACAAGCGCAAGUUUAUCCCAGCUGAGAAAAAAGAUGAAGGUUACUGGGACAAGCGCAAAAAGAACAAUGAAGCUGCCAGGCGUUCACGUGAAAAACAGAGGUUUAAUGACAUGGUGGUAGAAAACAAAAUUUUGGCUCUUCUUGAGGACAAUGCACGCCUAAAAGCUGAGUUAUUGGCACUAAAGUUCCGAUUCGGUUUGAUCAAAGACCCCACAGAUUCAUCUGGUUCAUACACCCAACCGUUUCGAACAACACUGUACUACUGCCCCAAUUCGAACCCACAACUCACACAUCGACACUCACUGUCUAACUCACAUCAUGAUGGUCCAGUUGGGGUGCAAAGCAUUCGAGACAGGGCCAAUGUGUCAGAGGACUUGGUGUUCCCCAUCUCUGGAGGGUCAAGCAUUAGAAGCCCAGAGUUCUCUGAUGAUGCUGUUGGAGAACCCAUUAGGCCAUCUCUUUACAGAGGUGGAGAGAAGCCAGGCUGGGAACUCAGUCCCUAUACAGUCAUUGCAGUAGAUACAAAUUCAUUAGAUAGGGAGAAGUUAGUGUCAGGGUGGCAAGAUAACAGCAUGAAAAGCCUUCCUCAUAAAUUGCGCUUCAAGACGCCAGGUGGAAUUGAAGGUGUUGAUAGUUCUUGUCAGGUUUUUCCUCCGGUGGAGAUGGACAAGAGUCUCUCCUCAGCAAUGAUACACCAUGCCUCACACUCUAGAGAACAGUCUACAGCUGGGUGGACAGAGGGUUUAUGGAGGCCACAACCACACACAGUGCCACCAACAGGUUUAACACCACAUCAGAAUAACCCUUCAAUUCAGAGAGAUACAGAUGCUCAUUGCUUAACAGAAAACAAUUCUAUUAGAUUCCAGCUUAGUUCUUUAGCAGAAGAAGUGGCCCAGCUCAAAAAUCUGGUCUCUCAAAAGCUUCUUUCCAAACUGAACUGAGAUCAGUGACCGAGAGAAGUCUGACCUAUCAGAAGAAAGAGCAGGUUAAUUUGUUCUGAUAGUAGCACACAAAUAUAAUAAGAAGCUGGUUGCUCGCUAGGACAACUUAUGAUUUUUUGUGAGUACAUUUCCAUUUGCCAUUUUUGUCCAACUAUCCACUGACAAUUUUCAAUACGUAUUGGAAUUCAUGAAAAUUUGUGAAAUAAAAGCUAUUAAACUGUUAAAACAUUUUCAUACUUACUGUAAUACUUUGUGUACUGUUGUGUCUGAUGCUUUGUACUAUAAGACAAAAAAUGUGUUUUACAUAUGGAAAAACUAAUUUUACAUAUGGCAAUAAUGUUUCUUGUUAAGCCUUUUCUUUGUUUUAUUCUUGUAAUGGUUUAUAGGUUUUAUGCUUUCAAAGAUAUGGUUCACCCCAAAAUAAAAAUGAUGUA